AUGCCAUCGAGACACUCUGUGAUCCCCAACUUGGAUCUCAGCCCAUCCACCUUGGAGGCGGGCGCAAAGAUCUCCUCUCCUCUGACACCUGGUGCUCAGAGCUCCGAUGGUCUGAGUCCAUUGACGCCACACUCCCCAAAGUCCUCUUCCAGUUCGCCGUUAUUCAAAGGUGCCACGAUCCGCCCCGUCACGCAAGACUCAAACCCGACCCCCAACAGCCCUUCCUUUCCCGUCUCUCCUACCGUCGCCACCGAACCACCUACCCCAGGUUUUACAGCCAUACCCCCGUAUCCGCCAUCACCUAGGGAGACCCCUAAACAUACACGCGAUGCCUCGCGUUCCUUUUUCUCAGGCCUUAAGGCACCGAAAUAUUCGCACAAGGCACAGAGAUCGGAUAGCUCUGGCAACUCCGCGGAAAAGCCGAAAAGCCGCGGCAGUUCGAGAGAUCGACGAGCACAAGUAUCGUCCAAGCUUUAUGAAUCAUCUCCCGAUCUUCCGGGGGCUGUUUCUCAACGGGAAAAUGACGGCAACCCUUCCGAUGACAAGAACCCUCAGGCACAAUCGACAGAGCUGAAGAAAACUGGCACUGAAACGGAAGGAUUUAAUUCGCUUCGGAAAACAAAGCCGCGCUUUGCCAACCUCCUGACCCGCUCGCGGUCGAUCAGGUUGGACGAUUCAUCCACGAGCCGAGCGCCGAUUCGGCGUCCAUCUACCGGCCUCCUGAAGCUUGAAGAGAAUUUCAAGGCAGAUACGCAAGAGUGCACGAAGGUUGCAUCAAGGAGCACCACCAAUGGUACGGUUCGAACCUAUAAUACUGAGCGACCUGCGGGGUACAGCAAUGGCUCGAUGGGCCGAAAGGGAUCGACGAUGGCACCCUCGGCCUCAUUGAGUCAGGUUUCGGGUGCUUCGGCUGCCCUAUUCAACAACCUCAAACAAUCUUCUAGCGGGGCGGCUGAUCGUCUAGGGAAGGCUGGGAAAGGCUUUUUCGGCAAGAUCACCAGAAGUGGUAGCACAAACGAGCGCGACUUAUUGGCAGAUGACAAUUACGUUUGUACCGUGAUCAAUCUGCCCUUGAUUGAACAAGCGCGGCGGACGCGCAUCGCCAAGCGACUCGAAGAUUGUAAGGAUAAGACCGAGUUCUGGAUGCCUGCACUGCCAUACCGAUGUAUAGAUUACCUUAAUUUUAAAGGUUGCGAAGAAGAAGGCCUUUAUCGAGUGCCGGGUAGUGGUAAAGAAGUGAAGCACUGGCAGAGACGUUUUGAUACUGAGCUGGACGUAAGUCUUUUUGAUGAACCUGGCUUAUAUGACAUCAACACCAUUGGCUCCAUGUUUAAGGCUUGGCUUCGUGAAAUACCCGACGAACUAUUCCCCAAGGAGACACAAGCAAUGAUCGCACAGAAGUGCGAGGGUGCCACGACCGCCCCGCAAAUGCUCAAGGAUGAGCUCUCAAAACUGCCUCCAUACCAUUACUACCUUCUCUUCGCUAUAACCUGUCAUCUGAACCUUCUCCAUUCAUAUGUUGACCAGAAUAAAAUGGACUACCGCAACCUUUGCAUCUGUUUUCAGCCUUGCAUGAAGAUCGAUGCUUUCUGCUUCCAACUUCUGGUUUGCGACUGGAAAAAUUGCUGGCAGGGAUGCUGGACCGAGAAAGAAUAUCUCCAACGCGAGAAGGAGAUGGAUGAGAAAGAAAGGGCCGAGAAAGAAAAGCAAUCCGAAAAGCCCAGUGUCGAUGAAAGAGCUGUUUCCUCCGGUAGCAGCACAAACAGCACCUAUGAAGCACCUCCUCGUCCAGAAACACCGAAGAAAAACAAGAAAAAGCCUCGAAAUAUCGAAACAUCUCAUGCGAGGAGCGUUUCUCAACUCCCGGAACUUGGACCACCUCUUUCUCCCAUCCGGAUAUGA